AUGAUUCUUUUCUUCUUCUUGGAUUUUUCUUCUUGGAUUUUUCUUAUCUUUCUUUCUUUCUUCAUGCAGAUUUUUCCUUUUUGUCUACUUCUUCGGACCUUACAGGGUGUUUUACUCUUUCUUUUUUUCUUUCAUGUUCGUGUUACUUUUUUCCUUUACAGUGCACCUCUUUUUCUUCUUGUACUUCUUAUUUAUGUUGUUAUUUUUGUUCUACUUCUUUUUUCUUCUUUCUUUCUUUCUUUCUUUCUUUCUUUCUGCUUCGGGAAAUGCCCAGGCUGUCUUAGUCUUUUGUCGCUUUUUUUAUGUUCAUUCCUCCUUCUUCUUCUUCUUCAUCUUCAUUUAUCAAUUCUAAUCAUCGUUCCUAAACUUAUUUUUUUCAUUUCGUUUGCAUUUCCUUUCCCGUUACCGCGUUUCUUCUUCUUCUUCUUCUUCUUCUUCUUCUUCUUCUUCUUCAUGUUCUUCUUCAUGUUUUUCUUUUUCUUCUUCAUCAUCUUUUUCUUCUUCAUCAUCAUCUUUCUUUUCUUCUUACUCUUCUUCUUCUUCUUCUUCUUCUCUUUCUUCUUCUCACUCUUCUUUUUCUUCUUCUUCUCUUUCUUCUUACUCUUCUUCUUCUUUUCUUUCUUCUUCUUACUCUUCUUCUUCUUCUUCUCUUUAUUCUUCUUAUUUUCUUGUUGCUCUUCUUCUCCUUCUUUUUACUCCUCUUCUUCUUCUUCUCCACAUUUCUGCCCUCUUCUUUAG